ACAACACCAAAACCAACAACAACAACAACAACAACAACAACAUCUGCAGCAAUAUUAAUUCCAGUGCAAAUAACAGAAGCCAACAAAAGAAACAACAAAACAUCAGUAACAACGACAAGAACAAUAAAACAGCAAAGAACAGCAAAGAUCAUGUAAUGCAAAAAGCAACAACAACAACAACAACAACAUAUUCUGCCAGUUCAUCUUCAUCUUGGUCACCCAAAAGGCCAACGAAUUCUACACUGGCCAGAACAACAUCAUCAUCAUCAUCAUCGCCGUCAUCAACGCCGUUGUCGUUCUCGUCGUCACCCUUGUUGUUUUUGUCAACGGCAUUGUUAUCUUUGUUGGGUUCUUCAACAACGUCAUCAUCAUCGGCUACAACAUCAUCAUCGUCAUCACGUUUGUCUUCAUCAUCAUCGCCUUCGUCCUCAUCUAUGACCGUUGCUCUUCUAUUGAUCGUCUGCAUUCUAAACAGCCACGUUGUUGUUGGCGUUACAACAACGGGCGCUGUCCGUCCCGGCACCGGCAAUCCCUCGGCACGUCUGCCACGUACCAGUGCCAGCCAGCUGAAUAGCGGUAAUACGACCGGCAACAGCAAUGCCUACAAGUUGGCAGCCAAAUCGCUGAACAACAACAACACCAACAAUCGCAAUGGCAAUUUACGCACAAGAGAACAACAAUUACUCAACAUUUUCGAAGUAAUCAUAAACACAUUGGAGGGUAAAUUAAAACGAAUCGAUAAUCUGGACAAAUCCGUGGAGCAUAUGAUGAGACGCAUGGAGAUAUUGGAUAAUCGUGUUUCAGAUAAUUUAAUUAAAACCGAUUCUGUCAUAUCGAAACUACGAUCCUUGGAUGUUAAAAUAUCCAAUGACAUUAUCGAUUCCGCCACAGCAGCUGCUUUGAAUUCCGAAACAACUCGACGAUCGGGAACCUCCAGCAAUGGUCGUUCUGCACGCACUUCUACCGCCUCGUCAACCAUUCAGUUGGACAGUCGCCUGGUCUUGUUGGAUCAAAAGGUCAGUGACAUUGAUUCCAAAUUGGAGGGUUUGAAAAAUCAAAUUGACAACAAUCUUCUGCAAGUGGAUGAAUUCAAUGCAGAGGCCAGUGAAAAGAAACCGAUCAGCAUGAAUGUCAUUGAAAUAACCAAGGCCAUGAAUGCUGAGGUUAUGUCUCAUGUUUCCAGCGAGCUAAGCGAGUUGAGAGAUACCACCGAUAAUAUUGAUAAGAAGUUGCAAUUUCACAUCAACAUUGUGUCGGAAAAUGUGGGACGUAUGCUGCGUAUGGUGGGUGACAUCCACGAGGCAGUGGUGGAUCAUCAUGCGGACUAUAACAAUGUUAAUGCCACCACCACAGCCAUGCCUUUGAUUAAGUCCAGUAAAAUUGAUGCCUUGGUUAAGAAAAUCAGUCCCAUGGUAUCGGUAUCGGAAAAAAUGGAUGAAGUAUGGGAUGUUGUGGUAGGCACGAAGUCGUCGGUGGAUCAUUUACUACCCAAAUCGGAUGCUCUUCUGACCCAAACCCAACGCCAGGAAAGGGCUAUUGGUGAAAUUCAUCAGGAUUUGAAAACGAAAACUAAUUUGAUUAUCAAUAACUUGGAUAUGGUGGAGAAACGUCUGAAGAAACAGGAAGAUGAUGUUCAGUUGCUGGCCCAGCGACCCGUCCCAGCUGAAUUGUUAAUGGAUCCUACAAUUGAUCGUUUGGUGGAAUAUGAUCCAAAUAGAUACUCCGUCAUAGAUGAUUAUACCGUACAGAGUAGUAGUUCCACAACAACAACAACAGCUCAAACAACACCCUCAACAGCUUCACUGGGAGCAACAACACCCACACCAACCUCAACACAUUCUUCUUCCUCUUCAUCAUCCUCUUCCUCCUCCUCGUCUUCUUCUUCUUUCUCCUCCUCUUCUUCUUCGUCCAUAAACACCACACCCACAGUAGUGUUGGCUUCUUCCUAUCAAUCUUCUGGUACAUUUGCUUCUACCACUCCAAUACCCACAACAAAUGCAGCAGGUGUUAAUUUUAAUCAAACUACUUCCUCAUCAUCAUCGUCCUCUUCUUCGUCGUCUACAUCGUCAACAACAACAAGCAGUACUUCAUCAUCUUCGUCGACCGCAUCGCAAAUGUCUUCGUCCUCGUCGAAACCUCUGUCGCGUAAAGGUGGCAUCAUAUUCCCCAGUGUCAAGAACAAGCCUUCGGUGGUGAAUAACACCUUUACCACGGAUAUACUGACCAUCAAGGAUGUUAAGGGUUUCUCUUGCGUUGAUUUAUUAAACGCCGGCAUGAAACAAUCCGGGGUCUUCUAUUUGCAAAUACGCGGUACCACCUAUUGGUUUUUGAAGGUAUUCUGUGAACAGGAGGUGGCCGAUGGCGGUUGGACGGUUAUACAAAGACGUGAUGAUUUCGGUGAGCCACGUGAGAAUUUCAAUCGUGAUUGGGCGGAUUAUAAGAACGGUUUUGGCGACCCAGCCAAGGAAUUUUGGUUGGGCAACGAAAACAUCUAUAUGCUAACGAACAAUGAAGAUUAUACGUUGAGAGUGGAGUUGGAGGAUUUUGAAGGCAACAAGAGAUAUGCCCAAUAUGCCCACUUUAAAAUCCAUUCGGAGGCCGACUAUUAUAAACUGGAAAUUGAUGGCUAUGAGGGUAAUGCUGGCGAUUCGCUGAAUGAUCCCUGGUAUGGUUCGAACAACAGUCCAUUCUCCACGUACAAUCGUGACAACGAUAGAUCUUCGUUGAACUGCGCCAGCAUGCUCAAGGGUGGUUGGUGGUGGAAGUCAUGCGGCCGAGGUCUUAAUGGAUUGUAUUUACAUGAUCCCCAAGAUUUAACUGCCCGCCAGGGCAUUGUUUGGUUCCGCUGGCGUGGAUGGGAUUAUACCCUUAAGAAGGCCACAAUGAUGAUUAAGCCGCGUGGACCCCAACCCAUGGGUUCGAAUUCAGCAUCAUCGUCUUCGGCGGGAUCGGCGUAAAAUGCCGUAAACCCCUUACUACUACGACUACAAACUAUUUUUUUUUUUAACAAAAAGCGAGAAAGUGGAAAAUUGAACACUUUUUUUAUAAUUUGUAAAAAGGCACAAAUCAUCAUGAAAUCAUCAUCUCUGUUUUUUGAAAAACAAAAAUUAUUAUUUAUAAAAAAAACAAAUCACCAAUUUCGAAACAUAAUUCCAUUUUAUCCAAAUGAGAAAGGAAUUGAAAUUCCAAAAUUAGAUUUUGGAAUUUCCAUAAUUAUAUUUCAUUUUCAAAGGCUGGAGAUUACAC